CGCAAGCCGACUGCGGGCACGACCACCGAGGAGGAGACCACGGAGGUGACGGAAGUGACCACCGAGACGGUCGAAGUGACCGAGGAAGUGCCGGUCACCACCACCACGGAAGAGACCACGGAGGUGACGGAAGUGACCACCGAGACGGUCGAGACGACCGAGGUCAAGCCCGAGGAGACGACGGAAGUGACGGAGGUGACGGAAGUGACCACCGAGACGACCGAGGAGGUGCCGUCCACGAGCGAGGUGACGGAGGAGGUGACCACCGAGACCACCGAGACGAUCGAGACGACCGAGAUCGUGGAGGAGACCGUGGAGGAGACCGAGGUGACGCAGGGCAAGAAGCCCAAGUCGAAGAAGCACCGCAAGCCGAAGCGCAAGCCGACUGCGGGCACGACCACCGAGGAGGAGACCACGGAGGUGACGGAAGUGACCACCGAGACGGUCGAAGUGACCGAGGAAGUGCCGGUCACCACCACCACGGAGGAGACCACGGAGGUGACGGAAGUGACCACCGAGACGGUCGAAGUGACCGAGGAAGUGCCGGCCACCACCACCACGGAGGUGACGGAAGUGACCACCGAGACGGUCGAGACGACCGAGGUCAAGCCCGAGGAGACGACGGAAGUGACGGAGGUGACGGAAGUGACCACCGAGACUACCGAGGAGGUGCCGUCCACGAGCGAGGUGACGGAGGAGGUGACCACCGAGACCACCGAGACGAUCGAGACGACCGAGAUCGUGGAGGAGACCGAGGUGACGCAGGGCAAGAAGCCCAAGUCGAAGAAGCACCGCAAGCCGAAGCGCAAGCCGACUGCGGGCACGACCACCGAGGAGGAGACCACGGAGGUGACGGAAGUGACCACCGAGACGGUCGAAGUGACCGAGGAAGUGCCGGUCACCACCACCACGGAGGAGACCACGGAGGUGACGGAAGUGACCACCGAGACGGUCGAAGUGACCGAGGAAGUGCCGGCCACCACCACCACGGAGGUGACGGAAGUGACCACCGAGACGGUCGAGACGACCGAGGUCAAGCCCGAGGAGACGACGGAAGUGACGGAGGUGACGGAAGUGACCACCGAGACUACCGAGGAGGUGCUGUCCACGAGCGAGGUGACGGAGGAGGUGACCACCGAGACCACCGAGACGAUCGAGACGACCGAGAUCGUGGAGGAGACCGAGGUGACGCAGGGCAAGAAGCCCAAGUCGAAGAAGCACCGCAAGCCGAAGCGCAAGCCGACUGCGGGCACGACCACCGAGGAGGAGACCACGGAGGUGACGGAAGUGACCACCGAGACGGUCGAAGUGACCGAGGAAGUGCCGGUCACCACCACCACGGAGGAGACCACGGAGGUGACGGAAGUGACCACCGAGACGGUCGAAGUGACCGAGGAAGUGCCGGCCACCACCACCACGGAGGUGACGGAAGUGACCACCGAGACGGUCGAGACGACCGAGGUCAAGCCCGAGGAGACGACGGAAGUGACGGAGGUGACGGAAGUGACCACCGAGACGACCGAGGAGGUGCCGUCCACGAGCGAGGUGACGGAGGAGGUGACCACCGAGACCACCGAGACGAUCGAGACGACCGAGAUCGUGGAGGAGACCGUGGAGGAGACCGAGGUGACGCAGGGCAAGAAGCCCAAGUCGAAGAAGCACCGCAAGCCGAAGCGCAAGCCGACUGCGGGCACGACCACCGAGGAGGAGACCACGGAGGUGACGGAAGUGACCACCGAGACGGACGAAGUGACCGAGGAAGUGCCGGUCGCCACCACCACGGAGGAGACCACGGAGGUGACGGAAGUGACCACCGAGACGGUCGAGACGACCGAGGUCAAGCCGGAGGAGACGACGGAAGUGACGGAGGUGACGGAAGUGACCACCGAGACGACCGAGGAGGUGCCGUCCACGAACGAGGUGACGGAGGAGGUGACCACGGAGACCACCGAGACGAUCGAGACGACCGAGAUCGUGGAGGAGACCGUGGAGGAGACCGAGGUGACGCAGGGCAAGAAGCCCAAGUCGAAGAAGCACCGCAAGCCGAAGCGCAAGCCGACUGCGGGCACGACCACCGAGGAGGAGACCACGGAGGUGACGGAAGUGACCACCGAGACGGUCGAAGUGACCGAGGAAGUGCCGGUCACCACCACCACGGAGGAGACCACGGAGGUGACGGAAGUGACCACCGAGACGGUCGAGACGACCGAGGUCAAGCCCGAGGAGACGACGGAAGUGACGGAGGUGACGGAAGUGACCACCGAGACGACCGAGGAGGUGCCGUCCACGAGCGAGGUGACGGAGGAGGUGACCACCGAGACCACCGAGACGAUCGAGACGACCGAGAUCGUGGAGGAGACCGUGGAGGAGACCGAGGUGACGCAGGGCAAGAAGCCCAAGUCGAAGAAGCACCGCAAGCCGAAGCGCAAGCCGACUGCGGGCACGACCACCGAGGAGGAGACCACGGAGGUGACGGAAGUGACCACCGAGACGGUCGAAGUGACCGAGGAAGUGCCGGUCACCACCACCACGGAGGAGACCACGGAGGUGACGGAAGUGACCACCGAGACGGUCGAGACGACCGAGGUCAAGCCCGAGGAGACGACGGAGGUGACGGAAGUGACCACCGAGACGACCGAGGAGGUGCCGUCUACGAGCGAGGUGACGGAGGAGGUGACCACCGAGACCACCGAGACGAUCGAGACGACUGAGAUCGUGGAGGAGACCGUGGAGGAGACCGAGGUGACGCAGGGCAAGAAGCCCAAGUCGAAGAAGCACCGCAAGCCGAAGCGCAAGCCGACUGCGGGCACGACCACCGAGGAGGAGACCACGGAGGUGACGGAAGUGACCACCGAGACGGUCGAAGUGACCGAGGAAGUGCCGGUCACCACCACCACGGAGGAGACCACGGAGGUGACGGAAGUGACCACCGAGACGGUCGAAGUGACCGAGGAAGUGCCGGCCACCACCACCACGGAGGUGACGGAAGUGACCACCGAGACGGUCGAGACGACCGAGGUCAAGCCCGAGGAGACGACGGAAGUGACGGAGGUGACGGAAAUGACCACCGAGACUACCGAGGAGGUGCCGUCCACGAGCGAGGUGACGGAGGAGGUGACCACCGAGACCACCGAGACGAUCGAGACGACCGAGAUCGUGGAGGAGACCGUGGAGGAGACCGAGGUGACGCAGGGCAAGAAGCCCAAGUCGAAGAAGCACCGCAAGCCGAAGCGCAAGCCGACUGCGGGCACGACCACCGAGGAGGAGACCACGGAGGUGACGGAAGUGACCACCGAGACGGUCGAAGUGACCGAGGAAGUGCCGGUCACCACCACCACGGAGGAGACCACGGAGGUGACGGAAGUGACCACCGAGACGGUCGAAGUGACCGAGGAAGUGCCGGCCACCACCACCACGGAGGAGACCACGGAGGUGACGGAAGUGACCACCGAGACGGUCGAGACGACCGAGGUCAAGCCCGAGGAGACGACGGAAGUGACGGAGGUGACGGAAGUGACCACCGAGACGACCGAGGAGGUGCCGUCCACGAGCGAGGUGACGGAGGAGGUGACCACCGAGACCACCGAGACGAUCGAGACGACCGAGAUCGUGGAGGAGACCGUGGAGGAGACCGAGGUGACGCAGGGCAAGAAGCCCAAGUCGAAGAAGCACCGCAAGCCGAAGCGCAAGCCGACUGCGGGCACGACCACCGAGGAGGAGACCACGGAGGUGACGGAAGUGACCACCGAGACGGUCGAAGUGACCGAGGAAGUGCCGGUCACCACCACCACGGAGGAGACCACGGAGGUGACGGAAGUGACCACCGAGACGGUCGAGACGACCGAGGUCAAGCCCGAGGAGACGACGGAAGUGUCGGAGGUGACGGAAGUGACCACCGAGACGACCGAGGAGGUGCCGUCCACGAGCGAGGUGACGGAGGAGGUGACCACCGAGACCACCGAGACGAUCGAGACGACCGAGACCGUGGAGGAGACCGAGGUGACGCAGGGCAAGAAGCCCAAGUCGAAGAAGCACCGCAAGCCGAAGCCCAAGCCGACGGCGGGCACGACCACCGAGGAGGAGACCACGGAGGUGACGGAAGUGACCACCGAGACGGUCGAGACGACCGAGGUCAAGCCCGAGGAGACGACGGAAGUGACGGAGGUGACGGAAGUGACCACCGAGACUACCGAGGAGGUGCCGUCCACGAGCGAGGUGACGGAGGAGGUGACCACCGAGACCACCGAGACGAUCGAGACGACCGAGAUCGUGGAGGAGACCGAGGUGACGCAGGGCAAGAAGCCCAAGUCGAAGAAGCACCGCAAGCCGAAGCGCAAGCCGACUGCGGGCACGACCACCGAGGAGGAGACCACGGAGGUGACGGAAGUGACCACCGAGACGGUCGAAGUGACCGAGGAAGUGCCGGUCACCACCACCACGGAGGAGACCACGGAGGUGACGGAAGUGACCACCGAGACGGUCGAGACGACCGAGGUCAAGCCCGAGGAGACGACGGAGGUGACGGAAGUGACCACCGAGACGACCGAGGAGGUGCCGUCUACGAGCGAGGUGACGGAGGAGGUGACCACCGAGACCACCGAGACGAUCGAGACGACUGAGAUCGUGGAGGAGACCGUGGAGGAGACCGAGGUGACGCAGGGCAAGAAGCCCAAGUCGAAGAAGCACCGCAAGCCGAAGCGCAAGCCGACUGCGGGCACGACCACCGAGGAGGAGACCACGGAGGUGACGGAAGUGACCACCGAGACGGUCGAAGUGACCGAGGAAGUGCCGGCCACCACCACCACGGAGGAGACCACGGAGGUGACGGAAGUGACCACCGAGACCACCGAGACGAUCGAGACCACCGAGAUCGUGGAGGAGACCGUGGAGGAGACCGUGGAGGAGACCGAGGUGACGCAGGGCAAGAAGCCCAAGUCGAAGAAGCACCGCAAGCCGAAGCGCAAGCCGACUGCGGGCACGACCACCGAGGAGGAGACCACGGAGGUGACGGAAGUGACCACCGAGACGGUCGAAGUGACCGAGGAAGUGCCGGUCACCACCACCACGGAGGAGACCACGGAGGUGACGGAAGUGACCACCGAGACGGUCGAGACGACCGAG